UACAAAAAAAAAAGGGUUUUCUACUCUGACAAUUAAUCCACCCAUAAGAUGGGAAACCUAGUUAGAUUUGAGUAAGAUUUCUCUCGUUGAAGCUUGCUUUUUCUUCUCUGGAUUUUAAAUUGGCAACCAACUUUAAGGUGUGUUACUUCCAACUGGACUGGAAUGUGGACCUCGUUCGUCUUUCAAUCACCCACGUUAAUUAUUAUUCUCUUAAAAACCCAUGGAGUAGAUGGGAGCGGUGGCGCGUUGAGCGUCUAAAAUAGAGCCAAGUUCUAUUUUAGCGCCUGGCUACGCAGACGCACGUGAGCAGUUGGGAUGAAAUGAUUGAAUAACAUGUAUAUGUACAUUUAUUUUGCAGGCAACGCGGCUGCUUUAGUCACCAUCUUAAAUGUUUCAAUAAGACUUUUUUAACACUACUAGCUUGUUUUGGGUAAACUUUUUUUUUUUACUCCAAGCACAGAUAGGACACAUGGAAAUUAAUUUCCUUAGGCUUUAAUCAUGCAAACACUUCUUUUUUUAUUAUGACACGGCAUCUGUGAGAUUCGAAGUUAUGAUCUAAUGUUCUCUAUCCGUGGAAUUAGUCCACUGCGCCGCCAGGUUGGAGCUAGCGUGCCAUAUUCUUUUUUUACAUAUACAAAGCAACAUUCUCAGAAAGUUGUGGGAAGGUUGUAUGCAAAAUAACCAUUGGAAAACCGACAGCAGUGGAAAGUGUGAGUGACUGACUCACCACAGCACUGAUGCUGUUUGUGAGUAUGUGAGUGAGUGGUCAGGUUCAUUAUAGUGGUCCGGGUGAUAACACAGCACCAGAUAAGUCUGGACUCCCAUCUGCGUUCAGAAAUAGUCACCUCCCCACUGCUGGGCAUUAUUGGCUCGUGCAGGAGAAGCAGGGAGGCUCUGUGUCAGAGAGGAGACAGAGACAUGAGGGAGGGGUUGGGGGAGGGUAGCCUGCUGGGUCGAAGUGGCAGGGCAUUCAGAGGUGCAAAUGUCUUGCUUUCACCUUUUUCUAAAACCACUUGUAAACCAUUCCGUUUAUUUUACCAUCAAUUUGAACAUCGUGUUCUUGGUGUCACCCUUUGGUCAAUUAGGGAUGUGUGGUUUGCACACACAGCAAAAAGGCUGUAAAUGAUCUCACAAAACAGGCUUAUCAUGUGUACAUACCACCUAAGCAGUUUUGUUAUGCAUACAUUGAGAGAACACAACAAACGGAAUCUCUCCAUGUUCUCUCUGGAAGCUGUGCUGAGUGAUAUUCAAACCAGAAUCAACCAACCUGUCUACUGCUUCUUUGGGUUCACUUACUCAGGAUCUUAGAGGCGGGCGCCAAAUGGGCCGGUGUUGCGCCGCCUAUGACGUCAUAACCGUAGCACGCUCAGUGGUUUCGACAGCCAAUAAAACGAGCUGAAAGCACUCUAUUCCUCGACAAUCAAACUCGUACAUAACCAAGUGAUGGUCAAGUUCAAGACUGGACAAAGAACAGGAUGUCGGUGACCAAUUCAAGAACAUAGGCGACUUUAGAGAUACCGCGAGGGACAAGAGUGUCGUCGGGUAUACUGUUUGUGGACAUACAUUCUUACUGGUACAUUUUCGAUCCCAUGUAUUGGUUGAUAGUGUUCUAGGAACCCUCUGUUGACAGCACGGAACAUUGAAGAAGCCUCGUCGUGAACGAGAGACCGAAAGGUGCAAAAGAGAGGGAUUUUGGUGCCACUCAUCUCAGUAAGAGGUUGUGUCAAAGCCAAUCAUGAACUGCUUUGGCUCUCCCCCAGGCGAGGACGUUCCCCCCCCACGUUCCAGACGCUCCGCAAACAACAUGGCCGCCAACUCAGCAACACCCCCCUCUGACAGGCGCUUCCUCAUCUUCUUCGACUUUGACGAGACCAUUGUGAAUGAGAGCAGUGAUGAUGUGGUGGUGCAGGCAGCCCCAGGGCAGAACCUCCCCGCCUGGCUGAAGGACACCUACCGACCGGGCCACUACAACGAGUACAUGCACCGCGUGCUGGCCUACAUGGCAGAGAAGGGCGUGACCGAGAGCGCCAUCCGCUCCGUCAUCGAGAAGAUCCCCGCCUCUCCCGGCAUGCUUGCCCUGUUCCAGUUCCUUCGCCACCGCCCCCCGCAGGACUUUGAGGUGGUUCUGGUGUCUGAUGCCAACACUUUCUUCAUCGAGUCCUGGCUCCGCCGCGUUGGGGCCCGCCAGCUCUUCGUCAAGAUCUUCACCAACCCUGCCACCUUCGACAAGGAUGGCCGGCUGGUGCUGCGCCCCUUCCACUCCCACAGCUGCCUGCGCUGCCCGGAGAACAUGUGCAAGCAGGUGAUCUUGAGGGACUAUGUGAUGCGGCGGACGCAGGAGCGUGGGCGGCCGUUCCAGAGGGUAUUCUACGUGGGCGAUGGGGCCAACGACUUCUGCCCGUCUCUGAUCCUGGGCCCCCGGGACACGGCGUUUGCCCGGCGGGACUACCCCAUGCACCGGCUGAUCACUGAGAUCCACGAGGCCAGGCCGGGGGAGUUCAAGGCUGUUACUGUGCCCUGGGCCAGUGGGGAUGAUGUGGUGGAGCGACUCAGGAGGCACGCAGAGGAGAAAUGAUGAAGCUAGGAGGUGGGAGGGG